UUUCCUGAACCCGCACCUCUGCAGGAGGCCGCAGCCAGACCCGCGCCGGAACCAUGUUUCGCAACCAGUAUGACAAUGAUGUCACUGUUUGGAGCCCUCAGGGCAGGAUUCAUCAAAUUGAGUAUGCAAUGGAAGCUGUCAAGCAAGGUUCAGCCACAGUUGGUCUGAAAUCAAAAACCCAUGCAGUGUUGGUUGCAUUGAAGAGAGCACAGUCAGAGCUUGCAGCUCAUCAGAAAAAAAUUCUCCAUGUUGACAACCAUAUUGGUAUCUCAAUUGCGGGACUUAUUGCUGAUGCUAGACUGUUAUGUAAUUUUAUGCGCCAAGAGUGUUUGGAUUCCAGAUUUGUAUUUGACAGACCUCUUCCUGUGUCUCGUCUUGUAUCUCUAAUUGGAAGCAAGACCCAGAUACCAACACAACGAUAUGGCCGGAGACCAUAUGGUGUUGGGCUGCUUAUUGCUGGUUAUGAUGAUAUGGGCCCUCACAUUUUCCAAACCUGUCCAUCUGCCAACUAUUUUGACUGUAGAGCCAUGUCCAUUGGAGCCCGUUCUCAAUCAGCUCGUACUUACUUGGAGAGACAUAUGUCUGGGUUUAUGGAGUGCAAUUUGAAUGAACUGGUUAAACAUGGUCUGCGUGCCUUACGAGAGACGCUUCCUGCAGAACAGGACCUAACUACAAAGAAUGUUUCCAUUGGAAUUGUUGGUAAAGACUUG